AUGCCCUCCUUCUACCCCCGGCAUAACAUGCCACGGCUCUCUCCCCCGGAGUUCGUACCCAGCUACCACUCUGCUUGCGGCGCAUCGUACCCACCGCAGCAGCCUGCCUAUGCUGGCCCUACGAUUCGGCAGCACGAUGAUGGUUACGACUUCGCAGACCGCUACGGCCAACUGGCCAUCGCCAUGCCGCCCAUGUACCCGCAGGCCGGCACCUAUCUGAGCAAUGCGCCUCCCAGUCUCCCGCCCACCAACCCCUUCUACGAGCCCAUGGCCGCGACGCUUCCGCCCAUGCGCAUGCAGUCUGGAAACUCGAUGGCGGAUGCGGCAAUGCAGCAGCAGCGGCUGCACGAGUACAACCAGCGCGUGAGCCAGGCUGCAAAAGAAGAGAAGCCCGUCGGUGGUGUCUCGGCGAAGCUCGACUACGACAUGGAUGUCAUGACCGAUUUUGUCUGCGCGACGGCGCUGCGCCUCAUCACCCCGGGUCGGAUGAUGCCCGCCUCGUUCCGUAAAUGGGUACACCAGGUCCUUUGCGCGACCAGGCUCCCUUCAGCCACGAUCCUGCUCAGCAUCUUCUACCUGUCCAACCGGAUGCCCAUGCUGGCCCAUGAACCCAAGACGGACACGCACUUGUUCCGCCUCCUCACCAUCGCCUUGGUGCUGGGCAGCAAGUUUCUCGAUGACAACACCUUCAUCAACCGCUCGUGGUCCGAGGUCAGCGGCAUCCAGGUGCACGAGUUGAACGAGCUCGAGCUCGAGUGGCUCCUCGCCAUCAAGUUCAAGCUCCAUCGCGAUCCCACGGAGCAGCAGGGCUGGAACACCUGGUCAGAGCACUGGAAGGAGUACCAGAACACUGCUGCUGCGCGUGCCGAGCGCACCAACAAGCUCAGCCCCAUCGACACGUCGAUGCACCGUCGCUCGCUCAACUCCAACAAGCCGCUUCCGCCUCUGCCCAUGCAGCAGCUCUACACUCCGCCGUACGACUACGCCCCCAAAUCGGCUCAGUACAACGCUCCAUCGUAUUCCCAGUACGACCCAUGGCGAUCGGCAAGCGAGCACUCCCCUGCCUCGGCGCCCACUACGGGUCCUACUACUCCGGAGUACUACGGCUCAACGGGUACGUGGGGCCCCGUUGAGGGAUAUUCGCGUCGCACCAUGUUCGGCUUUCCCCCCCUGUCUCAGCCUGCCCCUGCACAAGGGCAUCAGCAGUCGUCCAACUACGGCCCGCCAGCCUACUCUCAGUACACUCCUUCGGCCUGGAACCAGCACGGCCUCAACUGUGGCUGUGCCUACUGCGUCCAGAGGCACCCGCCCUACUUCAUGGCUCCUGGCUAUGGCCCCCAGGCUGUCGCUGUCUAA